CGGCUGUUCAGCGCGCGCUGCCUGUGGAUGCGAACCAGUCAAACGGGAGUCGUCUUAAAUGUUGUUUUGCUGUAAAUUUUUAACAUUUUCUAACAGAGGUUCUGUCCAGAGCGUCCGCACCGCUGGAGCCGCUCACUCCGCUCUCUCAUCUUCUGCCAUUUGAUUCUUCAACAAUCUCUGAUGUUCCUGAAGCAUCUUCAUCAUCUUCAUCAUCGUCACCACGCCGCUCGCCAUGGUCACCCAUCCACUUGGUGACCGAUCUGUCUGCCACCAAAUCCUCCGCCUCUUCUCUCUGCUCCCGUCCAACUGGCCGAGGGGAUCCAUGUGAUGGGCAGCGUCUCCCGAGUCAAUGAACGUUUCGAGGGCGUGGCCAUCGGCGUGCCAACGUCUCAUCCUCCUCCUCCUCAUCCUCCAUUAGGAUUUUCUGAUAUUGAGAGCAACGGGACAAAACCACCUCCCCCUCUUCUUCCUCCUCCUCUUCCUCCUCCUCCUCCUCCUCCCCAGCUGCCCGUGUUUCCUGGGCUGGGAGACCCUGUAGGAGGAGGCCUGAGGAAGAAGAAGAGGGUGAGGAGUUUCUUUUGGAAAACGAUACCAGAGGAUCAGGUGAAGGGGCGGGCCAACCUGUGGACUCAGGGCCGAGUGCAGCAGCAGUACCAGAUCGACGUCCAAACCAUCGAGGAGCUUUUUGGUCAGAACGACUGUCAAUCAAACGCCAAGGCCACACCUACCAGGGGAGGGAAGACCAGGAGCUCGUUCAGAGAGGCCAAAGAUGAGGUCUCCAUUCUAGACUCUAAGCGAGGGAUGAACAUUGGGAUUUUCCUCAAACAGUUCAAGAGGGCCAAUCAGGCGAUAGUAGAUGAUAUUCGUCAUGGCAACAGUGAACCUUAUGGGGUGGAGCCUCUGAAAGACCUGCUGAAACUGCUGCCUGAGGAGGAGGAGGUGAAGAAGCUGAAGGCGUUCCGAGGCGACGUCUCUAAGCUCCCAUUGGCUGAUUCCUUUGUGUACCUGCUGAUUCAGCUUCCCAGCUACUCAGUCCGGAUCGAGUGCAUGCUGUUGAAAGAGGAGUUUCCUGGGGUGUGUGAGGCCAUGAAACGAGACAUUAACGUCCUUCGCUCCGCCACUAAAGAGUUAAUGUGUUGUGAGGAGCUCCAUGCUGUUCUCCACUUGGUGCUGCAGGCUGGAAACAUCCUGAAUGCUGGAGGUUAUGCAGGAAACGCAGUUGGUUUCAAGCUGUCGUCCCUCCUUUCUCUGGCCGACACCAAGGCCAACAAACCGGGCAUGAACCUGCUACACUUUGUCGCUCUGGAAGCACAGAAAAAAGACAAGAAGCUGUUGGAGUUUCCACUGAAGUUGAGUCACGUCCAGCCUGCAGCCAGGAUCUCCUUGCAAACGCUGGACACUGACUUGCAGUGGCUGAUGUCUCGCAUGCGCUCAGUAGAGGAGAACGUCCAGAGAGACACAGAGCUGCUCCAACAACUCGACCAUUUCCUGCAGUCAGCCACCUUGUCUCUGUGUUCGCUGCGUGGAAGUCGGCAGCAUCUGAAGAAGGAAGGCAGUGAGCUGAUUGACUUCUUCUGUGAAGACAGAGAAACGUUCAGACUGGACGACUGCUUCAGCAUCUUCCACACUUUCUGCUCCAGGUUCACUGAUGCUGUCAAGGAGAACAAGGAGAGGGAGGCUAUGGAGGCAGCCCGUUUCCGGCGUUUACAGGAGCUGGGGGAUCAGAAGAGCCACUCUUUGCCCAGGAGUGCGGAGGUGGGCAGAGUGUUCGGGUUGCGCUGCAGCAGCGAGACGGACAUGUCAGCUGCCGUGUCACGACACGACGAGGCCGGACAAGGCCGUCCCCGCUCACCACUAAAUACCUCCCUCAAUCCUCUGGGACGCUCGAGCAGUUUACGGCGGUCCCGACACUCUCCAUCCAGUUCGCCGUUUAUUGCUGCUGAGCGCGAACUGAGCACGCUCCUGGGGAUGGAGACCCCUGAGAACAAAUUCGCCCAGCAGAGAGGUGAGGGAGAAGCAAGGACAGCUUUUCCUUCGGCCUCACCUGAACUUAGAGGUCCAAGACUCUCCUCUCAGACUCGGCCGCAAAGUCCAAGGGGCACAACAUACAGCUUACCCCAAAACCAGCAGCCUCAAGCGGACCGGAUGGCACCGCAAACCCCCUCCUCAUCUCCCAACACCUCUCUGAGUGCACUAAACGCAAACCAUACAACCGCCACUUACCUCAGCUAUGAUGCUACCCAGACUGUAGUAAACACCAUCAAUCCCACAAAUGAAGUUACAAUCAAGCCUACCUCUGAUCAGAACCACCGAUCCGACCACAACAACAAUGGAAAAGAUCGACUCAGCCUGGGAGUGCUUUCAGACCAUCGAACUCAAUCUGGUUUGAGGGGGGAACUAGCAAGAAUGAACAAAGCUGAUCAGAAUUUUAAUGGACAGAUCGCCUGCAUUGACAAGACGUUUGAAAGCAGCACUGCUGCUACAGGCAACAUGUCUGUGGUUUUAGAGAAAUGCACAUUGGUGCCUGAGCUGAAGGUGUUCAACAAGGUCACCACCCUGACCAGCCACAACGAGGGGCAUCACAAGGACGAUAUAUUAGUCACAGACUUGGAAGAAGAAGGAGUGGACAAAUCUCAAAUCCAGAAGCUGCAGAAUAACUCUCAUAUUGGGAAUACAGAAAAAUCUGAAACAACCUCAUCCUCGUCAGGUAGAGAGGAAGAGGAUGGACGAGAGGAAAAGGUGAUUGUAUGGUGUGUGACAGGUGUGUGUGAGGCAGGCGGCGAGCUCACACACGCUGACAGCACACAUCCACAAACUGAGAACGAUGAGUGUAGGAGUGACAGUCGGGGAGGAAGCCGUCAGACCUCCUCUGCCGCAGCCAAUUGCAAGCCUUCAGAACCUCAGCUGGCCAAUAAGAAGCUAGUGCCUGUACCUAUCAGCAGCCAACCGGUGCCUGUCUCCCGCGGUGACGACCCGUCACAUCCUGUCUCUUCCCCCAUGUGGCACCCAGCAGAGCUUGCAUCAGCCAGUGAAGCAGCUGCUCACACCACAGAUGUCUGUGAGGAAGCUAAAGAACCAGCCAAUCAAGGGGAAGAAAAACAGUGCUUCACCACUGAGAGGAGAGAGGGAGAGGCUGUCACACAACAGUCAACAGAUGACAGGAGCAGAAACGAGACUGCUUCCUGUUACACAACCACUGAAAAUACAGAAGUGGCUUCCUCCACUAAUGGACAGUUAGAACCAACAACUUCGUCCAAACCCUCCACCAAGAACCUCCCUACCUCUAAAACUCGACCCGCUGGGAUGAAGCCCGCCACCCUGAACACCGCCUCUGCCGCAAACAAAUGCAAGCCUGUCCGCACCCUGACUAACUCCGAGAACCAAGGCAUGAGGCGGGUUGUGCCCAUCUCCAGGACCAGCCGAGGUUCUCCGUCUCUGAGCAAACGUUCUGAGAGGCUGUCUGGUAACCACUGGGGCUCCAGCACUGCAGCACCUGCCAGUCCGUCCAUCUCUAACCUCAACUGCAACUCCUUCCGACGAGGAGAGAGGCCGUCAACUGCUCCUUCAUCCCGACGCUCCAGCAUCCAAAAGACACCGGACUCCAAGGAUUUGAAAGACCAGAAGGUUUCAGGUACUAAUGCAUCUGCCCGAGAGCAGAACCAGGAGUUGCAAAGGAAGUCGUCUAUCCGAAAGCCUUUAUCAAAACCCAAACCCCCGCCAGAGGAGAAAAUUUGUCGCUCCACACUGCGGGCGCUCACUCAGGCCGGGGGAGGUGACAGUGUCAGUGCCCCUGCCACUCCGUUGCACAAAGCCACUGCCCCUUCAUCUUCACCGCUUCCAAGUUUCGCCCGAAGCACCGCCUCGUCUUCUUUCAGGCAAUCCCACACCACCCUUGCUCGUCCCCAUUCACCCCACACUGGCUCGGACUGCUCCCCGAAAUCCUCCCCGAAGAUCACCAAGACCACCUCCUCCUCUGUUGCCCCACCUGGCGCCUCCUCACCUGUCACCCUAACAGAAGUCUCCGCCCCCUCAAGAUCUUCUGUUCCCCUCAACCCACCCUGCCCAUCUCCACUGAGAAGGACUCAGAGCAUCAGGGUAAUACGCUCAUCGCUCCACGACUCGCUGGUUCCCCCUAAAGGCACCUUCUCCGACAAGUCAACUAAUUCUAGGGACUCAGUCAAGUCCACCAGGCCAAGCUGGAGAUAACAGCAGAAAUCUGAGGCUGCCUUCCAACAUUAAGUCCAAGCAGUGUCUAAAAGUCCUUCCUUCUUUACUGGGGGUGGAGAGGAAGUCAGAGGAUGCAUUUCAAUAUUAAGUAAACUUCUAUUUAUGUAUCUCAAGUUUAGCCAACUAAGAAAGGAGGUUACAUUCCAGUAUGAAGUACAGACACUGUCCACGUUUAAAGGUUUCAUUACAAUAUAAAGAUUAAUUUGUCUUCUAUGCAUUCAAAUUUAAAGGCUAAGUUCUGUAUUUUUCAGCAGUAUUUUCCAAUGUUUUAGUUUUGAUGUGUCUAAUUGGGACACAGUUUUAAAAAAAAGAAAAAAAUCGGUCCGGUAUUGAGUGAGCGCUUUGCAGUCAGCAGCAGCAGCAAAACAGGGCUGCAACAUAAUCUUUGUGGGCAAUUGUUGUCCCGUGAAAGUAUGUUCACCAAAGUGCUUGUUUUUUCCACUGACAGGCUCAGAAGUGUCUGUUGCUAUGUUUCUCUUGUCAAAGCCACCAGACAUAAUUUCACAUUAAUGAACACAGGAGCUGCUGGUCGUUUAGUUUGUUUGUUAUUGUGUGAACAAACUACCUGACCAGGCAGCAGCAGACCAGAGAGAUAAUAAAUAUGGUUUUUGUCAAGGGAAUCUGGUGGUUCUGGAGAUCGCAAUAUAAUGACUGUUUCUGGUUAAACAAAAGGGUCUUUACUCUUUCAAAAGAAGACUCUCUCUGCCGGGAUCCUUUCCAUGAUGUUUUCAGACACUUCUAAAAACAAUCUCAGCCUGUCAGUGGCAAAAACAAGCACUUCAUUGGACGUACUUUGACAGGGCGCAAUUGCCUGCAUGGGAAACUAAGGUCCAGGUAGCAAAAUACAAAACUUACCCUUUAAUCCAUGCUGGUGGAAAAACGAUGUGUUCAGUUUGAAAGCACUACAUUAUGUACACUAUGCUCACUUUAUACUGUAAAGUGUUUAUAAUGUGCUCUGAAAGACCAGAGAGGCUUCAUUCCAAGGAAGAAUAAACUGUCUCCAAUGAGUACUUUUAAACACUAGAGCUAAGUGGUAAUUCAUUCCUGAAGCAUAAUACAGAUACUCUCUUGUCCUAAGGAAAGGCUGCAUUCUGACAAAAAGCUGAAAAGCACAGUUCUUCUCUUAAGGCCUGCUCAUGCCAGUAAGCGGUACAACGAAAUGUAUCCUUUCGUGAAAUAUGUGGUUCCUAUAAUGUAGGGACUAGUUAGUAAACUUCUGUAGCUUGUAAGCUAACUGCUAACACAGCCGGGGUUAGCAUCAUUCUGUUACAGUAGCACUCUUUUUCGUUUUCUCUGUACUUUGCCGUAAUUCCCCAAGCUGGCAUUUUCUUCCCAGGACAAUUAAUUUAAUAAAGAGUUGUUGGGGGGAAAAAAGCUGUCUAAGCAAACAAGCUCGCUAACUUAGCCUCUUUUGUGGAGCAGUUUAUCUCUGUCAAAGGACGUUAAAUAAAACUGAAUGGUGCAAAACAGCGAAUAAGUUACGAUAGUUUCCUCCAUUUUGGACUCACCGGCUUUCCAUUCCCUCAAAGACCAGCACUGAAAAACUGGCAUACUAUUAGUCAAUGGUGCAACUUUGUAUGUCAAAGUUUACUGAAGUUGAACACGAGUUUAAAAGUUUAAAAAAUGAUUCGAUUUCGCUGGUUAUUUUAAAUGCUGGUGUGAACAGGACUUUCACACAAAGCCCCCAAAUCCUGUUUGGAGACAGAGGGACCUAUUCCAAUAUGAAAUAUACUUUACAGAUGAGGUAUAGGCUGCAUUCCAAUAUGACGAUGUCUUGAACCCUUAGACCAGGGGUGGCCAAACCAACUGCAGCUGAUUUUAAAUGCCCCACAGUGGAUAUAAAAAACCUAACUACAAAAUGGCUUGAGUUUAUUUCUAAUCUAAAUCAAACUUUAUGUACAUUGCACAUCGUAGUUUAAACACUAGAUGUUGCUUUCAACAGCUACUUGAUCCACAACAAUGGAUUCCUAGUCGAUGAAAACUCAGUUGAUUAAACAUGAUAGAACAAAAUGUUAGAAUUUAGCCCUUCUACAUCCACUUUACUACGUUUUCAUUUUAAAACACAGCACUUUUGCUACAUUUGCACCUGCCGUUCAGACUAAAACGGCGUAUCUGAAGAGUUUGAAAACUCUGUAGACCGCGUUUUCAUUUUAAAACUCCAGGGUAGCCUAGUGCGGAUAGGUGAAAACGGAGGACUCACAUUUGGCUUCCUGAUCGGGUCUUAUCGGUCAUGGAGUAUUCUUCCCUAAUUCGUCAGGCUCCUGUCACAUGACCCAUCUCUGGGACAAAACGUACAUCAGCAUGGCGCGAGUUCAGCACCGACAAAACGUAGCAAAACGUUUUUUUCAACGCAAACGGUGGUGCGUUGAACACCCUGUUGUGUACGCAAGCGCACUGCAUUUUCCUGCCUUUUGUGCUGACUUGUCGCAGCUGAUUGGGUGACACCUCUGACACGCCCACCAAAUGGGAGAAAAAAUACCUCAUUGCACAACAUUUCAAGGAAACAUGACGUUCAAUCCCAAACGUCAUGUUUUGAGAUUGAACUCGCCCCUGGACUACCAGUAGUGAGUGCAUCAUGGAUAACGUAUUACAACCGUUACUGACCUUGAUGUCUUUGCUAACAGCUCUUGUAUCGUCAAAACUGCAGAGUAGACACUCGGCUUCCUUUUUACACCAGCAUGCCCAGUGUAUGGACGUGAAUGGUCAUGAUGUGCGUUUUCAGUCAUUUUAGUACGGACGGACGGAUAGAUUUUGAUACACAGAUAAAAUGCUGAUGUGUAUGGAGAUCUUUUUCAUGCAAAACUUAGUAAUGUGAAUGUAGCCUUAGUGUAAGUGGUUUUACAAACUGAUAACGGACUUAUCAUUAGCCACAUGAAACACACUCCACCAUUUUACUGCUGAAAAAAUUAGUCGAUUAAACCGGUAAUCAGUUGUUAGUUUCGGCCCUAAAUCGUUCUUUAGCUGAGUAAUUUGCACUCUUACAUGAAUAAUGCCACAGAUUCUUGCAUUUAACUUUUUGUACUUGCCUUCUGGAUGUAAAGUCAGGUAAAGUACACACAGCCUCUGAACUCAUACCUAAAUGUUUUAAAUUUCACCAAGGGCAAGGCCACAUUCCAACACUAACAAUCUACAGUAAAUCUUGCUCUUCUCGUUCAUUGUGAACUUAACCAAGCCUCCCUUUUCUGUGUUAAACCCCUCCAAGAUACAAACUACAUUCUAAUACUAUCUACACAUAAUUUCCUUUUCCUACGAGCUUUGUACCAAUACGAAGGUCACCAAGCCUCAUAUUGUUUGGCGAAAUGCACUGACACCCAAUAAUGCAGCAUAAAAAUGUAUUUUCAUGACAUUCUCGUUCUUGAGAAAAUAAAAAAAUGAAAAACAACUAGACCUGCAAGUACAAAUAAUUACACACCUGGCUUCUUGGGGAGCACAAGGUAGUUUUUAUUCAUGAGUGAAGAAAGGAAAUAAAUGUCUGCAUCUACAUAUGUGUAAUUACAAUUAUUUUAUAACUCUGUAAUUUUUGCAAUGUUUCUGGUAAUUGACAUGACUGAAUCCCAGCUGGGCAUUUCCUAAUUUCUUGAAAUCACAUCAUUAUAAUUACAAACUUAAAUUGCUAAAUAACUGAGAAUCAUGAAGUUUUAAAAAGAGUGAUUAGUUUAGACGAGGGGAUAUUUAAAGUGUCUCUGAUUCAAACCAACAGUGUCUGCAGUGCCAAGUUUGUAGAUAUGACAUAUUUGUAUGUUUAUGUAUCUCUAUUUAUGUAUGAAGUUAAUAUUUGUUAUAUAUAUAAUCUAGUAUCUGCUACUGAAUAAAGUAUUAUUCCUCCAACA